CCCGAGAGCUGCGAUUGGUCAAUUUACGACUCACGUAUUGCUCCUGUCACGUCGCACGUUGCAUCGUGGAAGUUGCUAGAUCAUCCAGCGACAGGAACGCUAUCACAUCUGAAAGACUGAUUACGUAACGCUGUUCAGAGGAGCGGUACACACUCGGUACAUGAUAACCGACAAAGCAGCUCGAAAAAGGGGGACAUUGAAUGUGUCACGACGGCGUCAAAAUAAGGACGUGAAAAGUUUCAUUUGAGUGGGAAUCUUGGAAAAGAGCAAAUCAUGGCUUCAGUGAAUUAUCCAGGAUGCACACUUAAUAAUUCCUUUUACUGGGAUGAGGCGGAGUGCCUUAACUACUACGGGAUGAUGUCCCUUCAUGAGAUGUUUGAAAUAGUCGGAGCUCAGCUAACAGAGACCGACGUUGAAGUGCUCUACUUUCUGUUGAAUGGAACCUACUCGGCAACACACCCCCUUGACCCGGAGGGCUGGACAGUCAAACCUGCAGAGGACAGUCCAGAGGACCCGGGGGUCACCCCAAGUCCACAGCUGUUAAAAGCUUGGAGGCGAUUAAAGCCGAAAGACUCUCAGCAGCCUUUAGUGGACUCUAAACCUAGGAACGGCCUUGAGCUGCUGCUGGAGCUGGAGAAGAAGGGAUACCUCAGUGAUGGGAACCUGGAACCGCUGCUGCAGCUGCUGAGAGUCCUCACCCGCCAUGACCUGCUGCCUUUUGUGUCUCACAAGAGGAGGCGAACAGCUUCUCCAGAAAGAAUUGGAAACAGAUAUGAAAUAGACAGUGCAAAGUUGAUCUCUGGUUUACAUCAUACCUGCCAACAGACGGAGAUGCCACUCCCAUCGUUCACACAACAGUUGAGUACAGAUAUUCACUCUCCUGUGGCAGAGUUGUCUACCAGGAGGCGAAGGAGGAAGAGGGGGUAUGGCUGGAGCCGUAAGUCCAAGAAAACAAGCCGACAGGUCCCGCCUCUGCCUCCACCACCAGCUCCACACAAAGUGUCAUGUGAUAUCCGCCUGCGUGUCCGGGCAGAGUACCUGGAGCACGAGUCGGCGCUGCGGGACGGAGUCUCCUCCAACAAGCGCCAGCCGCUGGAGCGGCAGUUUGACUUGUUCAGUCGGGCCAACUCGCUGCUGCGGGCCAGAGACCUGGGCUCCAUCGUCUGCGACAUCAAGUUCACAGAGCUGGACAACCUGGAGGCUUUCUGGGCAGACUACCUGAGUGGGGCGCUGCUGGAGGCCCUGAAGGGCGUUUUCAUCACAGACUCCCUGAGGAUGGCGGCAGGUUCCGAAGGUGUCCGUCUUUUGAUUAGCGUCGACCAGGAUGACUAUGAGGAGGGUCGACGGCUGCUGAGGGCCAAGAAAAUGAUGUCGUUUAGAAACGGUGGGCGCACUGAAACUCAGUAGACUUUACACACAAAGACUCCUUAUGUUGUAAUAUAUUGACUCUGAAGGGAAGACCUGCAUGGGCUGACGGACUGGAAAAAAGUUUUAAGGCCUUUUUGUGUUGUUGCAGUCUAUGUAAUAACCACUAGGUGGCAGAAUUUAUCAUUGGUUGUUUGUGUUCAUGGAAGCUCAUGUUUAAUAGCUGGUCCAGCCUGGAACAUUGUUUAUAAAUGAAAGUCGCUGUGUUUUCCAUUCAGAUUUAUACCCAGGUGCUACUUUGUGCGACACAAAAUGUAAAGGAACAAUCUUUUCUUUGAGAAAAUGAAAAUAGCAGCAGGUUUGGCUAAAGACUGGAGCUAUAAUUUCUCCUCAUUUCAGACAUGGAGUUUGAUGUCUGAUCAUUUUUGAGAAGGAUUUAAUCUUAAAAUGAAAAUAUUAUUUUAAGAGGAACUAUAAGAAAGUAAAGUUAGUGAUUGAUUAAAGAAGGAUAAAUGUAAGCCCGUAAGUGUGCCGCGUUCAUUGCACUUCUGAGCACAACUUUUGUAGAGCUUAGUUCACACGCCUUGAUAACUUAACGGCUCUGUGCAGCACCAUAACCCGACUUGUGAUUGCCGCGGUCGGUGGAUCGGCGGUCGCCCGUUGAUGACAGCAGUGAUUAGGAAUAAGUCCCAGCAGACCAUGGAAGAUUCAUCAUCACAAAGUCUGACAAGGGCAGCGCAGACAAUGCGAUGGCGGCAUGUGUCUGGGAUUCCAACUAGGCCUCAGCAAGUACUUCUCUCAGCAAGUGGAGCACAGGACGGCGCGCCGGUCAAUAGAAGUGAUGUUGGAGAGAUCAAAAUCAAAAGUGCACAUCCCAGUUCCACUCAGCCCUGCGAUGUUGGCCCAGUAGAGUGGCUCAUGGACAGCUGUCUACUCACCCUGCUGGAACUAAUGCCCGGACUUCACUCUUGGAGGACGAUCAAUAAGGCCCCUCACUCUUAAGUCCCUUCAUACUGGCACGACUUAAGCAGCCAGACUGUCUGAAGUGAAGGUCUGCAGGGCCAAGAAGAGAAAGCCACAGGAGUAAUAUGUUCAUGUAUAUAAUGUUUUUGUUAAAGAUUUAAGUUAUGUUUCACAAAUUCAGGGGGAACCUUGUUUAAACAGCAUUUGGGUUCUUUUUUUGUGGAAAUGUUUAUUUAUACAUAAAUAUUUCUGGUGAAUAAUAAAGAAUUUGAUGGAGUACA